CAACUCUAGCUCUCCAUACCUAUUGUGGCGUCUAUUUUCGAUGUUUCCUCUGCCAUGCGUGAGGGUGGUGUGGCAGGACUUGGCCGCGGUAGUCUUGUAAUUUACUUUUUAAUGGUACUACUCCAAUACUAUACUUCACCCUGACUCAUCUGGCUGCACAUGUUGUAUAAGGAUUAGGCUACAACGCUAACUUCGAGACAUCAACACAAAAAGAAGGCGGUUCUUCAUUGAGCCCUACAAAAUCCAAAGGCAAAAGAGACCAGACUAUUUUCUCUCAAGUCUGCAAAACCUUUCUGUUACAAACUCCAGGGAAAAACUUUAUGCAGAAUGGAAAUAUCCAAAGCAGAUGACCUUUCGACUGAGCAGGCUGCCAAUUUACUAGGUUCACCUGGUCGAGACAAUCAGAUGAGACAGAGUGGACAGGUCCAUAAAAAGAGGUCAAAGAACCGCAUGGUCAUCGUUGCGGUACUGUUGCUCUGCUUGCUGAUGAUCACUGUCAUCGUGGUCGUAUUUGCCUUGAAGCAGCGCUGCGACGUUAAAGUGACGAGCUGUAAAAACAGGUGUGUGACGGGCAGCAGGGACAAGUCUGCAUCGUGCCACUGUGACCUGUCCUGUGAGAAAGAGGGAAACUGCUGUCUGGAUUACACUGAGGUGUGCGUGGAGCCUGGUCAGCGCUGGACCUGUUCCAUAUUCCGCUGUGGUGAGGAGAGGUUGGCCAAUGGCCUGUGCUCCUGCUCAGAUGACUGUGUGAACUCAGGGGACUGCUGUGCAAAUUACUACAGCUCCUGCAAAGUGGGAGUGAAGUCUUGGAUAGAAGAGGAGUGUGAGGACAUUCAAACACCACAAUGUCCUGCCGGUUUUUCCAAACCCCCUCUGAUCCUGGUGUCUAUGGAUGGCUUCCGGGCAGGUUAUUUAAAGGCCUAUGGCAGUCUUCUUCCAGUCAUCAGCAAAUUACGCAACUGUGGCACUUCUACCUCGUACAUGAGACCUGUCUACCCUACCAAGACCUUCCCCAACCACUACACCAUUGUGACUGGCCUCUAUCCAGAGUCCCAUGGGAUCGUGGACAACAAGAUGUAUGACGUGACCCGCAACGCAUCCUUCAGUUUGAAAAUUCCCGAAAAAUACAAUGCCAAAUGGUACCAAGGAGAACCAGUUUGGUUCACUGCCAUGGACAAUAACCUGAAGUCAGCCACAUUCUUCUGGCCGGGCUCUGAUGUGGCAGUCAAUGGAAGAUUACCUGACUUCUAUAAGAAGUAUGACAGGAACAUCCAAUUUGAGGAGAGAAUCACAACCAUAUUUCAAUGGCUGAACUUGCCUCAAGGGGAAAGGCCAGAUUUUUACACUCUGUACAUGGAGGAACCAGACGCUGCCGGCCACCGAUACGGACCAAUGAGCAGCCAGGUGAUUGAGGCCCUGCUAAACGUGGACAGGUUGUUAGGACUUCUAAUGGACGGCUUGAAACAGAAGAACCUUCACCGCUGUGUCAACCUGGUGCUUCUGUCUGACCACGGAAUGGAGGAAGCUUCCUGCAAAAAGGCUGCAUUUGUAAACUCGUACCAGGACAACAUUGACGACUUCACUGUCAUCCAAGGCCCUGCCGCGCGAAUCCGACCUAAGAACCUCCCAGAAGACUUCUUCUCCUUCGACUAUGAAGGCCUGGUGAAGAAUCUGUCGUGCAGGAGCCCUGACCAGCCCAUGAGGCCCUACCUCAAAGAGCACCUCCCCAAACGGAUGCACUUUGCUAACAACGUGCGCAUUGAGAAGGCCCAUCUCUACAUGAAGCCUGGCUGGCAAGCAGCUCUACGACCUGAGGAAGUCAAGUACUGCACUGGUGGAUUCCACGGCUCGGAUAACAUCUUCAAAAACAUGCAGGCCAUUUUUAUCAGUUAUGGACCAGGGCUGAAAUACAAGACCCAAGUUGCACCUUUUGAAAACAUUGAAGUCUACAACCUCCUGUGUGAUUUGUUGGACGUUCCCCCUGCUCCUAACAACGGGACCCAUGGGAGUCUGAACCACCUCCUGAAGAACCCUCCUCACCGCCCCGUGUACCCAGCUGAGCUCUCCUCUAACUCCACCUGUGUGGCCAGUGGCCUUGCCCCCUCUGACCACCUGGGCUGCAGCUGCAGCACCCGCACCAAAGCAGCGGAGAAGAUUAUGAACAGGCAACUCAUCAAAGACAUUUCCAAUUCCGGAACCAAGGCUCUUCACCUACCAUAUGGAAUCCCUCGAGUUCUCCAGGAGAAUUCAGAGUACUGUGUCCUGCACCAUGCCGACUACAUCAACGGUUACAGCAAAGAUACUCUCAUGCCCUUAUGGGUCGCCUACACAAUUAACCCACUGAACAAUGUCCAGCCACUGAGUCCAGUAGCGGAGGCCUGUGUCCGUGCAGACGUCCGUGUGGCGCCGCUCUUCAGCCAGAACUGUGUCAGAUACAAGGACAACCCUGCGCUGUCCUACGGCCUGCUGCAUCCACCCAAUCUGGGUGCCAAUGGAACAGAGGCAGAGUCACUACUCACCAGCAACAUUGCGCCCAUGUACCCUGCUUUUAAAGAUGUUUGGACGUACUUCCAUGACGUCCUCCUGGUGAAAUAUUCCCAGCAGCUGAAUGGGGUCAACGUUAUGAGUGGACCUAUCUUUGACCAGCACUACGACGGACACUUUGACACUCCUACAGUUAGCGCACCACAACACGAGGCUCCCAUCCCCACUCACUUCUAUGUGAUCCUGACCAGCUGUGGGAACUCUUCCUUCUCCCCUGCUGACUGCCAGGGUCCCCUGGAGACCACCUCCUUCACCCUCCCCCAUAGACCAGACCACACUGAGACCUGUGCUAAUGGCUCAGACUUCCAAUGGGUCCAGGAGUGGGCCCAGUUCCAUGCUUCCCGGGUCCGAGACAUAGAGCUCCUGACUGGACUCAGCUUCUACCACAACAGGAUAUCAGUGGAGGAAACGCUACAGCUCAAGACAUUUUUACAGACUUUUUAAGAUCCCAAUAAGUUGCCUCCGGCGGGUUUUAGUACCGUAUUUUAUUUUAUUAUCGCUGUAAGGUCUUAUUACACAUAUGCAAGUAAAAAGUCCAGGGCUAAAUGUGUAGCCCUGGAUCCCAUUAAAUUAAAAAAAGGUGUAACAGUUAUAUUUAAGUGCAUAAAGAUUUUUUUUAAAGCUGUUCUGUUUAAGUGAGAAACUGCCUGAAAGUCGCUUGAACCUCAAUCCCUCAGAAUUUAAACCAGAAAGGCAUACACUGAAAGAAGCCAUGUUAUGAGACAUAAUAUAAUAGACCGUUGUCUGUUUGGACUUGAGCCAGAACACUGAACCAAAGAAGUCAUCAGACCCCUUCCCUUUUACCUAAUAUUCUUGUUACAGCCUUAUUCUAAAAUUGAUUAAAUAAAACAUCAAUCUACACACAAUACCCCAUAAUGACAAAUAAAUAAAAAACGUUACAGAAAAUCUGAAAUAUGACAUUUACAUAAGUACUCAGACCCUUUGUUAUGAAACUUGAAAUUGAGGUCAGGUGCAUCCUGUUUCCAUUGAUCAUCCUUGAGAUGUUUCUACAACUUGAUUGGAGUCCACCUGUUGUAAUUCAAUUGAUUGGACAUGAUUUGGAAAGGCACACACCUGUCUAUAUAAGGUCCCACUUGAACCCAACCGAACAUCUGGAGAGACCUGAAAAUAACUGUGCAGUGACGCUCCACAUCCAACCUGACAGAGUUUGAGAGGAUCUGCAGAGAAGAAUGGGAGAAACUCUCCAAAUACGGGUGUGCCAAGCUUGUAGCGUCAUACCCAAGAAGACUCGAGGCUGUAAACGCUGCCAAAGGUGCUUCAACAAAGUACUGAGUUAAGGGUCUGAAUACUUAUGUAACUGAUUUCCUUUUUUUUUUUAUUAACAUUGGCAUGGAUGCUCAAAAAAAAGUGUUUGGUCUACAAGAACAAAUAACAGGAAAACCAUACAUUCCACACACAUGUUCAUGGUUGCACUUGACAAAUGUUGUCAUUGUAUGUUUCACUAGAUAGUGUUUUUAUUUUGUUAAUAUCAAUGUUUUUAUAUAUUGAGUGUGUUUAUUUUUAUUGCUCUGUAAAUUAAAGGUUGUGAAGCUGAUGUGGGGAAUUGGGAUUAAAUUCUUGACAGGA